CGCGACACCGGCGCCAUGCUGAACAACCUGACCGACUGCGAGGACGGCGACGGCGGCGCCAGCCAAGGCGAUGGCAAUCCCAAGGAGAGCAGCCCCUUCAUCAACAGCACGGACCUGGAGAAGGGCAAGGAGUACGAUGGCAAGAACAUGGCCCUCUUCGAGGAGGAGAUGGACACGAGCCCUAUGGUCUCAUCCCUGCUGAGUGGACUGGCCAAUUACACCAACCUGCCACAGGGCAGCCGGGAGCACGAGGAGGCUGAGAACAAUGAUGGAGGCAAGAAGAAGCCGGUGCAGGCCCCACGGAUGGGCACCUUCAUGGGUGUCUACCUGCCCUGCCUCCAGAACAUCUUCGGGGUCAUCCUCUUCCUGCGUCUCACCUGGGUGGUGGGGAUUGCUGGCAUCAUGGAGUCAUUCUGCAUGGUCUUCCUCUGCUGCUCCUGCACGAUGCUGACGGCCAUUUCCAUGAGCGCCAUCGCCACCAACGGUGUGGUGCCAGCCGGUGGCUCCUACUACAUGAUCUCACGCUCCCUGGGACCUGAGUUUGGUGGGGCUGUGGGGCUCUGUUUCUACCUGGGCACCACCUUUGCCGGUGCCAUGUACAUCCUGGGUACCAUCGAAAUCCUGCUGGCCUACAUCUUCCCAGCCAUGGCCAUCUUCAAGGCUGAGGAUGCCAGCGGGGAGGCGGCUGCAAUGCUCAACAACAUGCGUGUGUAUGGCACCUGUGUGCUGACCUGCAUGGCCACCGUUGUGUUUGUGGGUGUCAAGUAUGUCAACAAGUUUGCCCUGGUCUUCCUGGGCUGUGUCAUCCUCUCCAUCCUCGCCAUCUAUGCCGGUGUCAUAAAAUCGGCCUUCGACCCACCAAGCUUCCCGAUCUGCCUCCUGGGCAACAGGACCCUCUCACGCCACGGCUUUGACCUCUGCACCAAGAUGGUGGUGGAGGGGAACGAGACAGUUGGCUCCAAGCUCUGGGAGCUUUUCUGCACCUCCCGCUUCCUCAAUGCCACCUGUGAUGAGUAUUUCACCAUGAACAAUGUCACUGAGAUCGAGGGCAUCCCUGGUGCUGCCAGCGGCCUCAUCCAAGAGAACCUCUGGAGCUCAUACCUGACCAAGGGCGUAAUCGUGGAGAAGCGGGGGCUGCCCUCAGUGAGCUCCCCCGACACCCCAGUGGAUAUGGACCAGCCCUACGUCUUCAGCGACAUGACGUCCUACUUCACCCUGCUCGUCGGCAUCUACUUCCCCUCAGUCACAGGCAUCAUGGCUGGCUCCAACCGCUCUGGAGACCUGCGAGAUGCCCAGAAGUCSAUCCCCACGGGCACCAUCCUGGCCAUUGCCACCACCUCUGCAGUCUAUAUCAGCUCCGUUGUCCUCUUUGGAGCAUGCAUYGAGGGGGUCGUCCUGCGUGACAAGUUUGGUGAGGCUGUCAAUGGGAACCUGGUGGUUGGCACCCUGGCGUGGCCGUCCCCRUGGGUCAUUGUCAUCGGCUCGUUCUUCUCCACCUGUGGGGCUGGGUUGCAGAGUCUCACCGGAGCUCCCCGCCUCCUGCAAGCCAUCUCCAGGGAUGGGAUCGUACCCUUCCUCAGRGUCUUCGGCCAUGGCAAAGCCAAUGGGGAGCCGACAUGGGCCCUGCUGCUCACAGCCUGCAUCUGCGAGAUCGGGAUCCUGAUCGCCUCCCUGGACGAGGUGGCUCCCAUCCUCUCCAUGUUCUUCCUCAUGUGCUACAUGUUUGUCAACCUGGCCUGUGCAGUGCAGACGCUGCUGCGGACGCCCAAYUGGCGGCCCCGCUUCCGAUACUAUCACUGGACCCUGUCCUUCCUUGGCAUGAGCCUCUGCCUGGCGCUGAUGUUCAUCUGCUCCUGGUACUACGCACUGGUGGCCAUGCUGAUCGCUGGCCUCAUCUACAAAUACAUCGAAUACCGCGGGGCGGAGAAGGARUGGGGUGAUGGGAUCCGGGGCCUGUCCCUGAGCGCAGCCCGCUAUGCCCUGCUGCGGUUGGAGGAAGGGCCACCACACACCAAGAACUGGAGGCCGCAGCUGCUGGUCCUGGUCCGCGGGGACCAGGAGCAGAAUGUGGUGCACCCGCAGCUCCUGUCCUUCACGUCACAGCUCAAGGCUGGCAAAGGCCUCACUAUUGUGGCCUCUGUGUUAGAAGGGACCUUCCUGGACAACCACCCACAGGCGCAGAGGGCCGAGGAGUCCAUCCGGCGCCUGAUGGAAGCGGAGAAGGUGAAGGGCUUUUGUCAGGUGGUGAUCUCCUCUAACCUGCGGGAUGGCAUGUCCCACCUCAUACAGUCCAGUGGGCUGGGAGGGCUGCAGCAUAACACAGUGCUGGURGGCUGGCCCCGCAGCUGGCGCCAGAAGGAGGACCACCAGACCUGGAGGAACUUCAUUGAGCUGGUGCGAGAGACCACAGCUGGGCACCUGGCCUUGCUGGUGGCCAAGAAUGUUGCCAUGUUUCCGGGCAACCAGGAGCGGUUCUCGGAGGGCCACAUCGAUGUCUGGUGGAUUGUCCAUGAUGGAGGGAUGCUGAUGYUGCUGCCCUUCCUCCUGCGGCAGCACAAGGUGUGGCGUAAGUGCAAGAUGCGCAUCUUCACGGUGGCGCAGAUGGAUGACAACAGCAUCCAGAUGAAGAAGGACCUUACCACGUUCCUGUACCACCUGCGCAUCACCGCAGAGGUGGAGGUGGUGGAGAUGCAUGAGAGUGACAUCUCUGCCUACACCUAUGAGAAGACACUGGUGAUGGAGCAACGUUCCCAGAUUCUCAAACAAAUGCACCUCACCAAGAAUGAGCGGGAGCGGGAGAUCCAGAGCAUCACKGAUGAGUCCCGUGGCUCCAUCCGGCGCAAGAACCCGGCCAACACGCGCCUGCGCCUGAAUGUCCCCGAGGAGCAGGCUGCUGAUGGAGAGGAGAAGCCGGAGGAGGAGGUCCAACUAAUCCACGACAAGAAUGCCACCACCUUCUCCAGCAGCUCCCARUCCCCUGGUGAUGAGGUGGAGGCAGCCCCUGAGAAGGUGCAUCUCACCUGGACCAAGGAGAAGUCUGUUGCUGARAAGAACAAGAGCAAGAGCCCUGUCAGCCCUGAGGGCAUCAAGGACUUCUUCAACAUGAAGCCGGAGUGGGAGAACCUGAACCAGUCCAACGUGCGGAGGAUGCACACGGCUGUGAAGCUCAAUGAGGUGAUUGUGAAGAAGUCCCAGGACGCCAAGCUAGUCCUGUUGAACAUGCCAGGGCCUCCCCGUAACCGGAAAGGGGAUGAGAACUACAUGGAGUUCCUGGAGGUGCUGACGGAGCAUCUGGACCGAGUGCUCCUGGUGCGUGGUGGGGGCCGGGAGGUCAUCACCAUCUACUCCUGAAAGAUGGCGCGAGAGAGGUUUGUCUGCACACUGAGAGCCCCGCCACCCCUUUGCACCGUGCUCCCGGAGGGGAGGAGGGAAGGCCGGAUGGCAGCCGGUGCGCAGAACCUUCACCUGGCUUUGGCCGUGCCCCUGAUCUCUCCAUUCGAACUGCAGCACCAGAUCUUCCGGGAGCAUCCAGCACCAGAGCAGCUGUUCCUCAUUGCAACACCRCAGCACUGCUGUCCUUGUUUAUAUAUAAAUAUAUACAGUGAACCGCGGACUGAGCACCAGAGCUCCGCGCUGCCGCCACCGCCCGCCCUGGCAGGGCCAGCCCCGCCGCCAGCCCCAGCACUGCCGCUGCAGCCCCUGGCCGGGCAGGAGGGCGGCUGUGCCGAGACGGACCUUGGCCCCACCGUGCUGCUACUCCUGCACAGACUCGGCUGGAUG